CCAGUCAUGCAUUGCGGUGGUGCCGAUGUUGCCGGAGGUGGAGGCGGCGUGGCGACGUUGCCAGGUGGCGGCGGCGGCGGCGGUGGUGGACCCCAAGCGGCGGCGCGGCGUCACUCCCCGCAGCCCAGCCUGCCCCUCGCCACUCACAGCUAUCCUCAAAGGGGCAGAUCUAGACACUAUCUCUGCUAAGAAAGUGAGGAAACAGUUGGAAGAACAACUUGGUGUUGAUCUUUCGAGUCGCAAGGAAGAAAUAGACCAGAUAAUCAUGGCUGACGUCGACCAAGUAAACUCCCAUUCAGAUGAGGAGCAGUCUGAGGAGGAGGUGCCCAAGGGCAAGGACGACUCAGAGUCCGAGCCAGAGUCCGAGGGAAAGGGAGGAGACGAUGACGACUAUGAACCUGGUGGCAAGAAGGCAGCUAGGAAACCCAAGGCUAGUCCCAAGAAGCGCAAGACUGAUGAUGAUGAUGAUUCUGAUGAAGAAUGGGGCAAGAGGAAGAAGGUAGCCGUGGCCAAGAAGGGUGCUGCUGCAGGCGGAGGUCGAGGCAAAAAGUCUGCAUUCACAAAGUCUUUCAAACUGUCUCCUGAAUUGGCUGAUGUUGUUGGAUCAGACGUGAUGCCUCGCCAUGAAGUGGUGAAAAAAUUGUGGGCUGUCAUCAAGGAGCGGGAACUCCAGGAUCCCUCAAAUAAGCAAUAUGCAAUCUGUGAUGACCAGCUGUUGAAGGUUAUCGGUGUUAAACGCUUCCGCACAUUUGGUAUGAUGAAACAUCUCAAGGACCAUUUCCUGGAAGCAGCAUAAGACAAUAACUAGGGGUCCUGUCUAGCAGUGUUUGCUGCUGGCCACACUGUGGCAGCUGACCUAUUAAUUCUCUACUCUCAGCCAGCCUCACAACCAACUCUGCUUAGGUAAAGAAGUCCCCUUUGUAAUACUUUUGAAUGCGGCAUUUCAUGAAUUACCAGUGAAGUAUUUUUAGAUUUGAUUAAUUGAUUGUGUAUGUACAGUAUGUAAAAUGUCCCAGCUUACAUUGUACAUUGAAGUCCCCCUGAAGUUUAUAUGAAUUAUUGUGGGACUAAUUUGCUUGUAAUGUUUGGACAAUUAUUUGAUGCUGCAUCAUAUUCUUGUCUUUAUAGAAUAUAUUGGUAGAUGAAAUCUCACUUAGGGGAGUAGCCGUGAGGGACGUCAGUUAUUAGUCUUUCUAAGCAUUGUUUGGUGUGUGCCUUUUUUGUAUCUUGAAUGUGCUUCUAUUCUUUUGUGUUCAUCUUAUAAAUCGGAUAAUGAGAUUUUGUCUUCUCAUAGCAGAGAUUAUUCCCCUCCUAUUCCCUCUUCUGUCUGUCUUGAGAUGCUCAUGAAAAUGGAAAGUUAACCACUCAUUAGCUAUUCACUCCUCAUGUAAAACAUUGUCAUUAAUCAUUACAUUUCUUCUGUUUCGGAAAGUAGCAUUGUAAUAUAAAAUGUUAUUACAAUUUAUUUUUCUGUGGCUUGGAAGUAGAGAUUUGCUUUUAUGACUGGUACAAUUAUUUAUCAGAUUACUGCAUUCCACUUGUUCAGAAUGCUUCAAUGAGUUUAGGACGUGAAACUUUCAGUUAUUAAUUUUUUUCUCAUUAUUUUUAGUUGUGAUAUACAGAGCCACAGAUAGUUGACAAGUUAACUAUGUCACAAGGUACAUCUUUUAAUAAAAUAUUUUGUAAAAAAUAUAUUGUAAUUAUUCCAUUGUCAUAGCAGUUUGCACUUGAAAGUUGUGAUGAAUGUAAAAUGGAACUUCGAUAAAUUAUUAAGCACUGAAAGGGUGGUCAACAGGAAAUUUCUAUGUGCUUGAGUGUAUUGACAUGAGUAUUGAUGUGUAGUAGAAGGGUCAUUGUGUAUCAACAUAAAUUCAGAAGAUGGAGAAAAAAAAAUACUUGUAUGACAUUUUUUUGGAUGUUUACACAACAUGCUCAGAGUUGUCUUCAUAGCAUAAGAAUGUUAACCAUAUAAACUCGUGCUUUAAUAUC